CGCUCACGGAGGCCAGCCCCGAAGGGCAGGCUGCGGGGCGGUCCUAAACCUAGGGCGGGGCGGGAGGCCCCGGUGGCAAACUCGAUUUGGGGACUGGAAGCCGCGUCCGUAAGGCACCGGAGGGAGCGGGGCCUGCGACCCCCACCAGACUCCAAAUGGCACAAUGGGAGAUGCUGCAGAAUCUCAACAACCCAUUUUUGGAGAAGCUUCACCAGCUGUACUCGGAUAGCCCCCUGCCAAUGGACAUUCGACAGCACUUGGCCAGCUGGAUUGAAGAUCAGAACUGGCAGGAGGCUGUCCUGAGCAGCGAUGAUUCCAAGGCUAAGAUGCUCUUCUUCCACUUCUUGGACCAACUCAGCUGUGAAUAUAGCCCCUACAGACAGGACCCUGAGUUCUUGCUGCUGCAGCACAACUUGCGAAAAUUUGCCCGGGACAUUCAGGCAUAUUCCAAUGGCCCUGCCCAGUUGGCUGAGCUGCUCUUUAAUCUUCUUCUGGAAGAAAAAAGAAUUCUGGCAUGGGCUCAGAAGGCUCAGUUGGACCAAAGGGAGCCAGCCCUCAGCCCACCUGUGGAGAGCCAGCAGCAUGAGAUUGAAUCCCGGAUCUUGGAAUUAAGGACGAUGAUGGAGAAGCUAGUGAAGUCCAUCAACCAACUUAAAGACCAGCAGGAUGUCUUCUGCUUCCGGUACAACAUCCAGAGCUUGGUGAAGACAUCCUCUUUGAACCCCCAUCACAACAAACAGAAGCAGAUUCUACAGGAAACGAUCAAUGAAGUGGACAAAAGGAGGAAGGAGGUGCUGGAUGACUCCAAAACCCUGCUGGGCCGGCUCACCACCCUGGUGGAUCUGCUGCUGCCCAAGCUGAAGGAAUGGCAGGACCAGCAGCGACAAGCUUGCAUUGGCGGCCCACGCCCGAAACACUCUUUAGAGGAGCUGGAGAAAUGGUUCACCGACGGAGCAAAGCUGUUGUUUCAUUUGUGGCAGCAAUUGAAGGGGCUGAAGGGGCUGAGUCUGGAGGUUAACUACUCGAAGGACCUUCUGGCCAAAGGGGUGUGCUUGCGGGAAGCUCAGGUCACUGAGCUGCUACAGCGUCUGCUCCAAAGUGCCUUCGUGGUAGAAAUCCAGCCUUGCAUGCCCCAAACGCCCCAUCGACCCCUUAUCCUCAAGACUGGGAACAAGUUCAGCGUCCAAACAAGGCUGCUGGUGAGGCUCCAGGAAGGUACAAAGUCGCUGACCCUGGAAGUCUGCGUUGACAGGAAUCCUCCUCAAAUACCAGGCUUCCGGAAGUUCAACAUUCUGACUUCAAACCAGAAAACUUUGACCCCCGAGAAGGGGCAGAGGCAGGGCUUAAUUUGGGAAUUCAGAUUCUUGACCCUGGUAGAGCAGCGUUCCGCCGGUUCAGGAAAAGGCAGCAAUAAGGGCCCGCUUAGUGUGACUGAGGAACUGCAUAUCAUCAGCUUCACGGUCAAGUACACCUACCAGGGUCUGAAGCAGGAGCUGAAAACGGACACCCUCCCUGUGGUGGUGAUUUCUAACAUGAACCAACUCUCCAUUGCCUGGGCCUCUGUUCUCUGGUUCAACCUGCUGAGCAUAAACCCCCAGGACCAGCAGUUCUUCUCCAACCCCCCGAAGGCCCACUGGGCCUUGCUGGGCCCUGCUCUCAGCUGGCAGUUUGCUUCCUACGUUGGCCGCGAACUCAACAAGGAACAGCUGAAAAUGCUGAAGGACAAGCUGUUUGGGCAGAACUCUGACUCAAAGAGUGAAUUGUCUUGGGCCAACUUCAUUAAGAGAGAAAGCCCCCCUGGAAAGCUACCCUUUUGGACAUGGCUGGACAAAAUUCUGGACCUGGUACAUGACCACUUGAAGGAUCUCUGGAACGAAGGCUUCAUCAUGGGCUUUGUAAGCCGGAGCCAGGAGCGCAAACUGCUGAAGAAGAUGCUCUCUGGCACCUUCCUCCUGCGCUUCAGUGAGACCACGGAAGGGGGCAUCACCUGCUCCUGGGUGGAACACCAGGACGAUGAGAAGGCCGUGAUCUACUCUGUGCAGCCCUACACCAAAGAGAUGCUGCAGUCCCUCCCGCUCACAGAAAUCGUCCGCCACUACCAGCUGCUCGUUGAGGAGAACGUGCCUGAGAACCCACUGCGCUUCCUCUACCCCACCAGCCUCCCCACCAUCCCCCGCGACGUGGCUUUUGGGCGCUACUACCGGGAGAAAGUGAAUCUCCAGGAGCAGAGGAAAUACCUGAGACACAAGCUCAUCGUGGUCUCCAGCAGACAGGUGGAUGAGCUGCAGCCACCCCUGGAGCUUAACCUGGAGCUCAUACAGGAGCCGUUAGACCCAGGCCUGCCACCAGGGCCAGAGCCCGAGAUCAGCGUGGAGUUGGGGUCCAUGCUGGAUGCAGGACUGCAUCUGGGGCCAGCAAUAGAGGCCGAGCUGGAGCCUGUCCUGGCGCCCACACUACCCGUGGUGCCACCAAGCGUGCCGGCAGCGCCCACACUGGGACCAGAGCAAAUAGCAGAGCCAGAGUUGCCGCCCGAUCUGAUACACCUGGACAUGGAGAGAAUGAAAAUUUUCAGAAACGAUGCUAUGAAGAUUGAAGAAAUCAUGAUGGGCGGGGACCCUCUGUUGCCUGGCCCGAACACCGUGGAUGACGCGUACAGCUCCUGUGCCAGUCAUUUCCAGGUGGAUGGAUGCUGGAGUCCUUCCGACUUCUAGGAACUGCAUAUCGCCUCUGUCCUUUCCCUCUGUCUUGACCCUCAAUCGCCCUUCCACACCCACACCCACGUCAUGGUGUUCCUCAAGCAGGCAUGUCUAAACAACGUUUAAACCCAGAAACCCCGGGGCAUUUGGAGUGAGAGAUGAAAGCAUUACACGGCUACCUAGGGGCGGGUACGAAGCUGUCAGACCACUGGCCGUUGUUCUAGCCACUGUGCCAGCUGUGCCCACGAGGUUCAGGGGUGCCAAGGAUGAGCCCAAAUAGUUGGGAGUGUACUUGAGGAGCUUAGGGAAGUGUUGGAUUUCUUAAUAGCUGGUAAAGUACCCAGCCCUGCAGCCAGGCCAGGUGCCAUGGAGAAGCAGUGAGCAGCUAACCAGAGAUGGCCAGUGGUUUCAAGCCCAAGGGGAGAGCCGGGGGCAGCCUGCUCCCUUAAUGAUGGAGAGACCUCUCUGGGCAGCUCUAAUCUGCCCGAUGGGGUCGCGAUGAGUUGGAAUCAACUCAACCAGCAGUGGGUUUAAGUUGGGUGUAAAGGAAAAUUGGUGCACCAUGACACUACAUCCCCUCAGUGGGGAGGGGGAGACACAGGAUAGGACCCCACUCUGGUCCGGGGCCUCCUUUAUGUCUCGGAUCACCUGUUCCUGUCUCAAGCCCAAACUUUCUUCUUCUCCCUCUGGGGUAGAGGGCUCUGUGCCUCACCCCACCCUGUGAAGCUCCGCCCUGAAGAAGGCCAUCAGGAGGCAGGCCUCCUGCCCUUGCCGGCCUCCCUGCUGCCCCUAAGUGAGAGCUACAUCCUGCCCCCCCUGCAGACGGGUGCCGCCCACCCAGCGGCUCCUGGAGGUGGGCACCCUGUCUUCACUUGCCCGCGGCUGAGGGCACAAAGCACUCCUGGAGAGCGUCAGAGUCUGGUAUUGUCAGAGGAAGAGAAGUCCUGGGUCUCAGCCCUUUCUCUAGUAAGACAGCAUCAUCCCCCUUUGUCUAGUAACCAUGCUUUACCUGAAAGAAGGGUCUCUCUUCCUGGGGGCUGGGCCCAAGUUUCUGAUGCUUAAAACCUUCAGGGUUCUUCAUGGGAUGGUGACCCGCCUCACUUUCGCCAGCCAGGGAGCCCCAGGGCCAACUACUAUCCCCCAGGGUUUGCCGCUGGUGUCCCGGGAGGAGUACCUGAAAGCGAAGCCCAGAGCUUGUAGCCCUUUCCUGCCUGGUGCAUCUGGAGCGGCCCUGUUUGGAAGGGGCCUCCUGAGCAGGUGUGACCAAUAAACUCUCUACUGACCCAGAA